AUGGUGCAGGUGUACCACGGGUUUUCCCAACGAACGAAAGGCUUGUCGAUUCUGUGUGGAAUCUUUGCAGUGCUACAGCUUGUGGAAGCUUCAUUUGUCAACUACCAGCUAAAUGGGAACCCGGUGACGUACGAUGCGUACAAUAAACAGUGUGGUUUACAACUCAAAUGUUUCGACGAUAAAAGUUGUCCAUCACUGCAGGAGCUAGGAAGCUUGGAGAAGGAAGCACUGGAGAAAGCGAUUCAUGAGCUGCUCAACAACGAAGCAGCUUCAAACGAUCCUCGCUUUCUGAUCGAUGAAUCUGAGUUUGAUGCUGGGUUCCAUCAGACGAAGCCUAUUCAUCCAAAUGAGCAGCUGGGGGUAACGCGAACUCUCACCACACAAAAGGUACUGGAAGCAUUGGCCAAACGGUACAGCUGCUGCCAGUUGAAAAACCUGCUAGAUGGAAAGUGUUACUCGAACGUAACGCUCCCCUGCUGUAAAGGUAGUGAGACACUACACUGCGAUCCUGCCUAUCCAUAUCGAAGCUACGAUGGGAGUUGUAACAAUCUACGGCAUCCCACCUGGGGCAAGCGUGGUAAUGCUCUGAAGCAUCCCAUUGCGCCGUGUUUUAGCGAUUACGUUUCGCAACCGGCGCGCAGCAAAUCAGGUGCAUCGUUACCACAAAACCGAAAUCUCAUCUCCGGGCUGGCCGAUGCACUGAGAAAGCGGGAAAUUAAAAUUACCUCGAGCCUGAACAUGUUUACGGUGUUUUUUAGUGAGUUUAUAAAUUCGGAUAUGAUCGGUCGAGCGAACAAGCGAACCAAACGAGCAACAAAUGGUUUUCGCGGUUGCCUCGCGGAUGGAUCCGAUCGCAGUCCUUUCAUCACCCCACUGUCCAACCCGCUGCUAGUGCAGUCCGACGAUUCUUACAAUGGGAAGCUUGGAGUGCGCUGCCUCAACUUAAGCCCGCAAGAAAAAGCAAACGACCAAUGUGAGUUAAAGCACGUGGCCGAACGAAAUCUUGAGACCCCUUUUCUUGACUUGUCGAGCUUGCUUGGUGAUACGGCUAAUUAUGAUGUGUUUGGUAGACUGAUUCUGGAGUUGUGUGGUGCCACUAACCCGAUUGUGAACUCGGAACCCAUUUCGGUGCAUUUUAUUGCGAUUGCUGGUCUAUUUGGCCAGCUGCAUAACUACUGUGUGGAUCGUGCUAGUACCUGCUUGCAGAGCCCGGGUCCGGUGCAGGAACGGUGCCGUGCGUUUACAAUAGCCGUGUAUCAGAAGAUUGUCACGGAGCAGCUGCUGCCAGUAUUGUUUGGUGACGAGUUUUACAGUCAGUGUGAUUUAAAUUGCGAGUAUAAUCCGCACGAUGAGACGGUCGUUUCCAUGGCGUAUAGGAACGGGUUGGGACGAUUCCAGCACAUAUGGAUUCCGGAAAGCAUAUUGUACAGCCCACAAGGGCAGACACAAUCGUUGCCAUUUCACACGUUCUUCCAUGAUCAUGAGCAGUUUGAUUGUAGCGGUGUACUGGACGGGGUUCUGGAAUCUCCAAUUCACAUAGGAAACUUAUCUAGGGCGAAUGUGGACAAGUUUUACACCGUCGAUGGAACACGUGGAACCUGUCUGCCAUGUAUCGAUCUGUCACGUAAUCGUGACUCUGGGAUGUGUCCGUUGGUGACCUACAAACACUAUCUUGAUCAGCUAGUUGGCGACGAAACUAAGUGUUACAACACGUUCGAGGACCUGAGCGAUAUGUUUAGAGAGGAUGUUAUCGAAUAUUUUUCCAAGCGCUAUGAACAUCCGUCAGAUAUUGAUUUGCUGUUUGGAAUGCUGGAUCGCAGAAUCCUGCCCGGUGGUUUCCUUCCCAAAAUAGUUGCCCAAGCCACCUGCCUUGAGUUUAAGCGGCUCAAAUGUACGGAUCGGUUCUUCUACACGUGGAAUCCGUACCUCGGUGAAGGAGCUCGUCAUCUUAUCAAAGUUUUCGACUUUACAUCAUUACUGGCACUGUUUACGCAGAUGAGUUUUGUUCCUUUAAAUCCAUUUUUCGUUGGUGGUCCCAGAGUAGCUUCGAGCGACGUUCAAAGUUACUUGAAAACUUUGGACUAUCUAUUCUGCCAUCUCUAG